UCUGGAAAGCAAGUUUGUGGAGAAAAUGUACAAUGCAUUUUGGGACCAUUUGAAAGAUCAGCUGUCAAGUACUCCUCCAGACUUUUCUUGUGCUCUUGAACUUAUAAACAACAUAAAACAGAUUUUGGUAUCACUGCUAUUACCACGUCAGAACCGUUUAAAACAUGAGAUUGAGGAAGCGCUGGACAUGGAUCUUCUAAAACAAGAAACAGAGCAUGGGGCUCUGGAUGUUCCUCAUCUCUCCAACUAUAUUCUCAACUUGAUGGCCCUCCUGUGUGCACCGGUUAGAGAUGAAGCUGUACAGGAGCUAGAGAGCAUAAAAGAUCCAGUAGAAUUACUGAGGGGCAUCUUCCAUGUUCUUGGCCUGAUGAAAAUGGACAUGGUGAACUAUACCAUCAAGAACAUUCGGCCAUACUUGCAAGAACAUUCUGUCCAAUACGAACGAGCUAAAUUUCAGGAACUCCUUGACAAGCAGCCUAAUUUCCUUGAUUGUACCACCAAAUGGAUGACUAGAGCUGCCACUGAUGUUACUACACCACUGCCAAGUACAUCUAUGUCUCCGAGCUCCUCUUCUGGCACAAUAAGUUCAUUUCCAUAUUCAAUAACUAACCUAGAGCCACCUAGUCUAACAACAGUGUUAUACCAAGGCUAUCUAAACCUUGUUCUCAGGGACUAUGGGAAUGAAGAAUUCCCUGAGACUCUGCUGAUGGAUAAAGCACGGCUGCAGAUCAUGAAAUCCAAAUUACGCCACUUGACCAUUCUAGCUUCAGUUUUACUUGUGGCAAGAAGUUUCUCUUGUGGUGUUUUAUUCAGCUCACCAGAAUUUGUGGAUAAACUGAAGUGUAUAACUAAGGCUCUAACAGAAGAAUUUAGCUCCAAGCCAGAAGAGUCUAUGCUCAGUGUCAGUGACCAGAUAUCUCAAGAAAUCCAUCAAGGACUCCAGAACACAGGCCUCACUGCUUUGAGCAGUGAAAAUAGGGCAUCUCUUGUAGGCCAACUCCGGAACAUUGCCAAGAAAGAGAACUGCAUUCGUACCAUCAUUGAACAACGGAUACAUUUGUUUCUUAAAUGCUGUUUGAUUCGAGGCAUGCAGGAAUCUCUUCUAGACUUCCCCGGAGGACUUCUUUUCAUUGAACCAGAGUUGGCAGAACUAGGCUGGAAAUUCGUUAAUUUGAUGCAUCACAACCAGCAUGUAUUUAGUCCAUACUAUGCUGAGAUCUUAAAAAAUAUCAUCUCUCCACCGAAAGCAGAAGAAAAUGAAGAAAAACCUAUCUGAUACUGUUGGUUCCGAGUCCUGGCAUGAGGAAUCUGGAGAGGGCUUAUCAUACUCCCAGAAUGACAUCAUUUGUAGCCAACAAUU